AUGGAGCAUAUCUCUUGUUCUAUGGCUGGGAGUUUUUGGAGGACCGGUGGUGUUGAUUUUUCUUUUAUCCCGUCAUUAGGGGCUUCUAGGGAAAUUUUGACCUUAUGGAACACAAAUACUGUGAAGGCUAUUUUCAAUUUCGGUGGAAGGGGGUUUCUGGGAAUGAAGAUUUUGUGGAGGGGGAGUUAUUUCUAUGUUGUCAAUGUUUACUCUCCUAUCUCUCGGGAAGAAAAGAGAACAUUGUGGGAUAAAAUUUUAAGUUUGAAAUCUAGAUUUAGUGAUGGAGAGUGGUUGUUGGGAGGUGACUUUAAUGCUGUCCGGAAUAGGAGGGAGAGAAAGGGAGUUUCACUUCCUAAUCCGCGGAAGGAAUGGUCGGAUUUUGAAGAGUUCAUUAGGAAGAGUGGUUUGGAAGAUGUUCCGUGCAAAGGGAAGAAGUACACGUGGUUCGGUGGAGAUGGGAGAUCGAGGAGUAGAAUAGAUCGUUUCUUGGUGGCGGAUAACAUUGUGAGCGGGUGGGGGGUUAUUGGUCAAUUGGUCGAGGAUCGCGAUGUUUCGGAUCAUUGUCCGAAAGAAUGGCUCUCUUUAAAAGUUGAGGGGAGGGGCGAUUUUAUUCUUAAGGAGAAGUUAAGAAUGCUUAAAGAUAAGUUGAGAUGGUGGAACAUCAAUGUUUUUGGUAAAUAUGAUUUUGCGGUGGAGGAGAAUUCAAGAUUGAAGUGGUUAAAUGAUGGAGAUGCAAAUAAUAAGUAUUUUCAUGGGGUGAUGAAAGCUAGAAGGACAAGAAAUUUUAUUGGCUCGAUUGUGACAGGAGGUGGAAUAAUUAACUCGGUGACGGAAAUAAAGGAAGAAGUGAAGAAUCAUUUUGAGAAGAAAUUUGUAGAUGAUGGUAGGAUGAGGCCGAUGCUAGACGGUAUCUCUUUUGAUACUUUAGAAGAGGAGGAUAAGUUAUUUCUUGAGAAACCGUUUGAGGAUGCCGAAAUAAAGGAGGCUAUUUGGGAUUGUGAUGGGUUGAAAAGUCCGGGACCCGAUUGA